GUGUACAUCCAACAAGAUCGGCGUUAAGGCAACACCAGAAUAUUUGGCAAAAAAGAUUUGCCUCCCCUUCCCCCUUUUUUUUUCAGCCGCCGAAUCAUGUCGAUGAGCCCAAAGCAUACGACUCCUUUCUCAGUGUCUGACAUCUUGAGUCCCUUGGAGGAAAGCUACAAGAAAGUGGGCAUGGAGGGUAGCAACUUGGGGGCUCCCUUGGCAGCCUACAGGCAGUCUCAGGUUUCUCAGCCAGCAAUGCAGCAGCACCCCAUGGGCCACAACGGGACAGUGACUGCUGCCUACCAUAUGACAGCGGCAGGCGUCCCCCAACUCUCCCAUACCACUAUGGGGGGCUACUGCAACGGCAACCUAGGCAACAUGGGAGAGCUUCCACCUUACCAGGAGACCAUGAGGAACAGUGCUUCAGCCACAGGAUGGUACGGGGCCAACCCGGACCCGCGCUUCUCUACAAUAUCCCGCUUUAUGGGGCCGUCUUCUGGAAUGAACAUGGGCGGCAUGGGGAGCUUGAGCUCGCUGGGAGACGUUAGCAAGAGCAUGGCACCUCUCCAGAGCACUCCGCGGAGGAAACGCAGGGUCCUUUUCUCCCAGGCCCAGGUUUACGAGCUGGAGAGACGUUUCAAGCAGCAGAAAUACCUCUCGGCUCCGGAGAGAGAGCAUUUAGCCAGCAUGAUACAUCUCACGCCGACUCAGGUCAAAAUCUGGUUUCAGAACCACCGCUACAAGAUGAAACGCCAGGCCAAAGACAAAGCUGCGCAACAGCAGAUGCAACAGGACAACAGCUCUUGCCAACAGCAGCAGUCUCCCAGAAGAGUGGCGGUGCCCGUGCUUGUCAAGGAUGGCAAGCCAUGUCAAGCCGGCUCCAACACACCGACGGCAGCUAUCCAGACCCAUCAGCAGCAGGCAGCUGCAGCAAUCACAGUGGCUACCAAUGGCAACAGCCUUGGACAGCAUCAGAACCACCAGCCAAACAGUGCAGGGCAGUCUCCAGACCUGGGACAGCACUCAGCCAGCCCUUCGUCUCUCCAGAGCCAGGUCUCCAGUUUGUCUCACUUAAACUCUUCUAGUUCUGACUAUGGCACUGCCAUGUCUUGCUCUACCUUGCUCUACGGUAGGACCUGGUGAGAGGAUUUUUUUUUUUUUUUUGUAAAGAAAGCUCAGAGGCGCCCAGUCACACAAAUCUCUGUCCUGUUCAAACUAUUUUUUUUUAUUUUUAUUUUUUAAGGAGCGGUUCUUUGAGGAACCCCUAAAACAGAGAGACAGAGAGUGACUUUUAGGUUGUUAAAUGGGUAUUUAAUAAAAAAAAUCAUGGAGCAGUUGCAGAAUGGAGCCCAUGAGUGGUCAUGGUCUGAAGGCUUGGAUUUCAAAUGUACACUUUGCCAGCGAAUAGACCUUGCAUGUAAAUACAGAGAUUUUCGGAGGGGGGGUGGGCGUUUCCCCCCAAAAAACCAUUAGUGUCACCCAGACAAAAGGAAAGGUCCCCUUUCUACUCCCCCAGCCCAGACACCAGGGCCCGCGGAUGGAGAUAUUGAUUCGUCACAGCUUGGCAUUUUUUUCUUCCCUUACUUUUGAUGUGAAUCUGUAGCUGUAUAAUGCUGUCAAAAGUUGGGCUAAACCCAUAGUUUUUAGUAACCUGUAUAUUUUGUUGUAAAGAAAAAAAAUACAAUCAACCAAAUCAAACCAAAACACACACCCGACCUUUUUUAUGGACAUUGGACGAUCCGUGUAAAUCCUUUGGCAGCUUGUUAUUUCCGCACGUCUCCUCUUUCUGUUGUAAACUUAUGUAGAUAUUUGGCUUAAAUAUAGUUCCUAAGAAGCUUCUAAUAAAUUAUACACAUUACAAAUAUUCUUUUUAUUAUUAUUAUUAUUAUUUCCCUUUGCUUUCCCCCGUAGAUUUCUCUCCCCACCCCCGAAAACAAAUGGGGAUGCUAAUAAAUACUGACACUAAAAGCAAAAAGGCCCAAAUCUUGCGCCCAUUGAAGUCCAUGGGGAGUUCGGCCCAUUGGUUUCAUGGGAAGCAGGAUCAGGCCCAGGGUCUGGGGAAGUGAUAAGCAAAUAUACGUGAUAACAAUAUUCCUGUUUUAUCUAAUGAAGGAACCGAGUCCGAAUUGAUUAGCUAAAUAUCAGGCUGGGGAGCCCCAGCAGAUGGUUAUCCAUAGAGAAAGGAAAGUAUUCCAGAAGCAGUCACUGAAAUUCCAAAAGGCAUUCAAGAGAAGUUAAAUGUCUGAGAUUAUUAGAAACAAACUAAUGAGUAGCCCACUGACAGGCUAGCAAAUGCAACCGUUUUAAAGCGUGUCCAGUUUUAAUAACUUGUACAAAGAUCAUUUCUACCAGGUUUUAUGUACUUGUAUUUUAAGGAAAGUACAGUCACCUUAUUUAUAAUCAAAAUAAAAUGGUAGUUUAUUGUGUCCGGCGUGUAGUUUGAAUUAACUUUCUUUAUAAAAAUGUCUUUCAUUUUAUACACACACAGGCGCAAACGAAUCACUUCAGUUUGUCCUGCAGCUUUCAUCCUUACAAACAGGCAGGGGAACCUACUUUGCUGAGGGCGCGUUUCGUUUUAACGCAGAUUGCGUUUGCUUCGGUGUCUGGACUAGGCUGUAAAGAAACAGGUGAAGAGAAGGGGGGGUGUAUGUGUGUAGCUGAGAAACAGACGUGCAUGUGUUAGUGAUGUAAACACUAUACGGAUUCAAGAGAGUUUCCAGAGAUGUCGAAUCGAUCCCUUGCUGUGAUGAACGUCGUUGCUGGAAAUACCAUCUCUGCAGACAUAAUGAGCCAGACCAACUCCUGGUGUAACUAAGUUGCAAGUUCAUUAACUUCAAUGAGUUUCCUCAUGAAUUUGGCCAACCAUCUGGACAGAGUCAGCGGUAUAUCAAUCCACCCAUUCCUGAGCAGGCUCAUAAAGAAGCUAGCAAAAAGGCCAACUGCAAGCUCAUCUCACUGACACUAACAUUCUAGAUCUGUCCCAGUCUGAAUUCAGGCCAGGACUCAGAACCGAAACUGCACUGGUGGCACUGAUGAAUAUUUUCCUUUUGUCAAUGGAUAGAAGACAAACAUUUCAUCCUUCUUGAGCUCUCUGCAGCAUUCAACACUACUGACUAUGAGAGUCUGCUGUCUCACCUGAAAGAGGUGGCAGGGGUCCAAGAUAAUAUGCUAAAAUAGUUUGAGUCCUUCCUGGAGGGAUAUACCCAAUGAGUACUGCCAGCAGUAUGCAUAUGAUACACAGCUCUACCUAUCCUUCACCACAUACAGCCAUGCCACUACCACCAAUAUGGCCCAUUGGGUGAAAUCAACUCUUGGGUGAAAUCAGCUCUUGGAUGAAGAACAGCUGAUUGAAGUUGAACUCAUGCAAGACAGAGGUUGAUGAUAUACACUCACAACUGGCCAAUUCAAUGCAUAGUCUGAGUACACGUGGAUUCCUUAUUGACAUUGAUUUUUUACACAGCAGCAUCUGCAAAUAACACUCUCUACAGACUCGGCUUGGUUAGGAAGCUCUGUUGCAUUCUGGCAGAUGAAGACCCUGCCUCAUUUAUUCACACCUUUGCCACCUCUUGUCUGGAUUACAGCAAUGCAAAAUACCUGGGCAUGAAGCCUUCAGCACUUAGGAAACUCCAACUAGUACAGAAUGCUGCAGCACAUUUCCUCAGCAACACAGCCUACCACAAACAUAUCAGACCUGUCCUCUGCUCUCUACACUGACUUUCUUUAGAAUUUUGAAUCAAGUUCCAGGUCUCAGACCUUCUCUUCAAAGCACUCCAUGGCUUCAACAUCUAAAAGCUCUGGGACAAAGACUGGUUGACAACUAGGUUCCACUGGCACAAUGGAACUUUCAACAAUAAAAGUAAAGCUCCUCUGUGUGAGACACAGAAUCUUCCCCAGGGGUGGUCCGAGACUGUGGAAUGAAAUCUCACAGGAACCGUGAACCUCACCAAUUUCUGCUCCAAGUACAAGGUGCAUUUCUUUGACCUUCCCUUCUCUAAUAUAAACACACACACACACAUAUAUUUAAAAAGACACACAACUAAAACAAGACACUCCACAACAUAUGCUUCUCCCUCUGGGAAGAGGAUGAGAGAAAAAACACACAAUAGAUAUGUAGUCAUGUUGCUUAAUGCACUACCGGAAGGAGCUUAGAUACUACAGUAAUGAGUCAAAUAAAUGCAUCUUCCAUGACAAAUUGAGGCAGAAGAUCAGAAAUGUACCAGGAUGGUGCAAGAUAAGGAAGAUACCCUGUCUCAUCUUAUAUCUUUUCCUGCUACACUUUCCUCCCAUCUUUUGUCUCAGCAUGUAAAUUACACUCAUUUUGCACAGUCACGGAAUGCCAGAUCAAAGCAAGUUACUUUACUUUGUCUCUUAAUCCUGUUUUCUUACCAAUUACCACCAUUUAUCGCAUUUCCACCACUGUUUCUGCCACCACAAAACCAGGUUCAGACAAUUGCAUAAGAAUUGCAACAGCUUCCAGUAGGGGUGGAUUUUGCUCCAGUUACAUAGUUGCAAACGGGAGAUGCACCUCUACAACCGAAUAGAAUUUAGUCUCAAAUCUGGAUUUUGCCCUGGAUGUAUGAUAAAAGUAAAGGUAACUCUGCACUUCCUUAUGUAUGAGAAAAAGAAUAGAGAACUGGGACAUGAAGUAUAAAUGAGCAAUCACUCUUUUAAAAGAAAAAGUGAAAGUAAAAUGAUAUUAAACAAAAUGAGCAAAGCAACAAACAGGAGUAAUAUAAGAUAAACCCACAGAAGGAAAAAGGCAAAAGCAAACAAAAGAAAUAAUAUAAACGCAACAAGAACAAACAGUCACUACAAUACAAAGAGCUAACCUUAUUUGUCAUAUUAUAUUAAGUAGAGUGAGGUGGAACAUGGCAGUUUCAAAGGUUCAAGAAUUUUUUUUCUUGGUUGCAAUUCAUGAAGGCAUUUAUCCAGAGUUUCCAUUUAAAUUUUAGAUUCAAUAAACUCUAAAAUUACAAAUUAAAAAAACUUCUGAGUGCCACCUGGUUUCAUGUUGAAACUUGAAAUCAUUAAUUUGAUAUGGAUUUCAAUACAAAACUACAAAUCAGGACAGGUUUGCUCACAAAUAGCCUUAGGGUCAUGGAUCUUAGACUUUCCAAAGUUUUGAAUUUUUCACGAGAUCUAACCUGGGCAAGUUUUAUAUGGUUUCAGGGUUCACAGUGAACAUUUCACACAGCUCUAAUAUGAAGAUGCUUAACCUAUAAAUUAAUAUAUCUCACUGAUAAUCCUGAAUCAGUGAAAGGGGUUCUAUGUAAAACUAAAAGGAAAUAAAUCAAUUUUCUAAUAUAGGUAACAUUUGUACAUGUAAUGUUGUCAUUUUAAAUAUAUUAACUGAAUGGAGUUAUGAAACUCAUCACUAGGUUCAAAGGACAAAGUAAUAGGUUGGGCUUUAGUCUUAAAGAUGUAAUUCCCCCCUCCCCAUUUUGAAAAGUAACAAAUAUAAUUAUCAGUUAGAUUAGCAUGAAAUUUUGGCCUGCUGCAGUAGGAUACAAAGCUUUAUUACACUUGCAAAGCUAUAAAAAAAAGGCUUGAACUUUAAGAUUCCCAUAAAUUAUAUUUUGCUAACAGAUAUCAGUGUGGAAAGCAAGACUUAAGGAACAUCAAAAAUUAAUUAGCUCUGUACAAAUUAUGAAGAAAAUGUUUAGGCAAGUGUUUUCUUGGUAAUUCAUAACUAUAUUUAGAUAUUGUAAUGAUUAGAACUUAAAAGAAACAAGAUAAUUAUAAACUUCAUCCAAAGUCACAUAUAGAUCACAGAUGACAGCUAUUGUAUAUUAAAUGAAGAGACUAAAUAUCUGCUACUCUGUAAAUGUGAUUGUAUGUAGUAGUAAGAAUGUGGUACAGUAAGGCUAACAGUCUUUUCCUGUUCAAUGAGUUGGAAUUAAACAUGUUAAUCUGAGGUCUCUUUCAAGUAUUUUAUUAAACUACUUUGGCCUUUAAUUCCUUUAGCUUGCAUCAUUUAAUGUAAUGUUAUUUAUAUAUAUAUGAAGUAUGUUACACUUAUUAACCAAUGUGCAAAAAUCUAAAGUACAGAUUUUAUGUAAUGGGCUAAUUACAGGACUUUAAAGCCACCUACUGAGUUUUGCUAAGCUUAACAACAGGUUCACUGAACUGGAUAAAUUUAUUCAAACUUGUGGAAAUGAACCCCAUUCUAUGUGCAACCGUACUGGGAAAACACACAAAUUAUACCUCAAUACCAGUUUAAUGGGUCAAACAGUGAACCUGAAUACUGAACUUAUCUACAUCUUGCAACAGCGAGAAGCUAUAGGCCCAUUCAUUGUUUCUUCCUUAUGUUUAUAAAUAACUAAAAUAUGGUACAUGGGAUAAGCAUAAAGUUUUCAAUAUCUAUAAAACUGGGAUAAUUUUUCUUAUGUUAAUCUUUGCAACCAUCUUGGUACAUAUAGCAAAUGCAACUUUGCUAAACACAUAGUUCAAAUAUAUCAUCCUUUACUUUAGAAGAAUAUCUUCCUAUUACUCCUAUUGGGUGUAGUUUUUAUUUAUUUACUUAUCUGCACAUACUUUUCAGAACCAUCUUCUUUCAACCUUCUCAUUUAACAUCUAUUAAGUAGGUCCAAUUUUCAUUUUGCUGAUGCUGGUGUAAAUCAGGACUAACUUCAUUGAAGCUAAUGGAGUUGUACCUAUGUAAAAUCUGUGUGAGAUCAAAAUCAGGCCCAGUAGCUUUAUUAAGAAAGCAUAUUACACAGAGUUGAGUUUUAGGUCAUCAUAUAUGACUACUGCAGGAGUUGUUUAGCUCUGUAACUUAUUCAAACUGCCACAGAGCCCAGAUCUACUUUCAUUUAUAUCAAUGUAAAUCUAGCGUAACUUCUUUGACUUCCAUUGACUUAUUCUAGAUUUACACAGCGGAACAACGCAAAAUUUGUCUCACAGUUUUCCCUUCCUUCAACUUUGAAAUCUAUUUGUAAUAAAAAGUUGAAGACAAUGUCCAACUCAAAUAUAUUGGCUGUGACCUGUCCUUCAAAAAUUAUAAGUAGAAGGAGACUUUAAAUACUACUAUAGUUCAGGUCCAUAUGUUAAUCUUUUUUUGGCUGUUCAGGGAUAGCUGGUAAAUUAUGUAAUAAAAUCUUUUUUAAAUCAAAAGGGGAACAUGCUAUUGCUGAUUUACAAGAUUUUAUUGUUUAUCUGUACACUGUUCUCAAAAACUAUGCAUAAUCUAUUCAGUGGCUGACAUUUGGGUCUUGAUGGAUACAUUCAAGCAUGUAUUUUCCGAGAUAAUAACCCUAGUACACUGCUCUACAAUGCGUUCAAUGAAGAUACGCCUUAUAGUGCUCAUAAUUGUUGCUUAAGUUACAAAAAUGAAUUUUUCAGUAAAUGAGGAACAAGACACAAUCUUCUGCCCAGAGAAGAAGAGUUUAAAUAAGAAAUGCAGAAAAUUUAGCCGAUUGCUGUAACAAAUGAAAUGGUGUUGCAUUGAAAAACAUUUGAGGCAAUUAAUCAAUGCUGUGUUUGCACAUAUCAUUAAAUAUAUUAUACUAAGUUUA